UGCCUCCACACCAACUCCGAUGCCAGCCAUCGGCUUCCCGCACUCGAGUGUCUGUGUGAGAUCGCCUCUCUACGGCUCCGGCACCCGCUGAACUAUCACACACAGCACCUUGGCGGCGAUGAGAGUGCGUACACACAGGCGGUGUAUGAAGUACCGGCCGAUGCUGUGAGGAUAGCUCUGUACCUACAGUUGGUGCCACAACUAGCCCAGUAUCUGCCGCACGUGGACGGGCCGGUGGGCGUGGGGGUGGAAGAGAGGAUUAGGAGAAGGGAGCUGUACGCGGCUUGGUACUACCAAUCACAG